AUGAUGAAGAUGCAGGAGGAGUCCUUCAAGAGGAAGCAGGCUAGUUUGGUGGACUUUCUUGAUGAGGAGGUAGCGAGGAAGAAGAAGGCUACGGCAGUUGAAGAACUGCCGGCUGGUGCUAACAGUGAAGGAUUCAAUCAUGAGAGUGACAGUCCAGACAUUCAAUAA